AUGGCACUUACAGGCAAAAUGGGAUCAUAUGAAAGAGAGGGGACAUCCAAAUAUGAACGUGGAAGUUCUUCUCAUUCAAGAAAAGCAAAGUACACAAAAGAUAAGAAAUUAAAUGCAAAACUAAAACAUAUGGAUCAACAAUAUAAAGAAGCACUAAGAUCAGCAGCUGGUACCGAUUUAUUAUUACAAGAAGAAGCAGGGUUCUUAGAAGCUGAAAGUCCCAUGGAAAGAACUUUUAAGUUUAAGCAAGAUGAUAUUACUGAAGCUGUAGAUAUAAAUACUGCCAAUAAGAAAUUUGAAUUAAAUUUACCUGAAUUUGGACCUUAUCAAAUUGAUUAUUCAAGAAAUGGGAGAGAAUUGUUAUUAGGAGGUAAAAAAGGACAUGUUGCAUCUAUUGAUUGGAGAACUGGACAACUUGAUUGUGAAUUACAUCUUAAUGAAACCGUACAUGCUGUGAAAUAUUUACAUAAUGAUCAAUAUUUUGCAGUAGCACAAAAGAAAUAUACAUUUAUUUAUGAUAAACAAGGUACUGAAUUACAUAGAUUGAAUCAACAUAUAGAAUCUACCUUAUUGGAUUUCUUACCUUAUCAUUUCUUAUUAGCAACUGCCGGAAAUACUGGGUUUUUGAAAUAUCAUGAUGUCUCAACUGGUCAAUUAGUAAGUGAAUUUAGAACAAAAUUAGGUCCAACUCAAGCAAUGAAACAAAAUCCUUGGAAUGCGGUUAUGCAUUUAGGUCAUGGUAAUGGUACUGUAUCCCUUUGGGCCCCAAAUAUGGCAACUCCUUUAGUUAAACUUCAAUCUGCUCGAGGUCCAAUUACUGACCUUGCAAUUGAUCGUGAAGGGAAAUAUAUGGUUGUAAGUGGUGCUGAUAAAACUUUAAAAGUUUGGGAUAUACGAAAGUUUAAAGAAGUUGAUCAAUAUUAUUGUCAAACUCCGGCAACUUCUUUGGAUAUUUCUGAUAAUGGAUUAUUAUCAGUAGGUUGGGGUCCUCAUGUCACUAUUUGGAAAGAUAUAUUUAAAGGAAAACAUCAAUCAGAUCCAUAUAUGAAUCAUCUUAUACCUGGAUCAAGAAUUGAAAGAGCAAAAUUUGUUCCAUUUGAAGAUAUAUUGGGGAUAGGUCAUCAACAAGGUUUCAAUUCUAUAAUUGUUCCUGGAUCGGGUGAAGCUAAUUAUGAUGCUCUUGAAAUUAAUCCAUACGAAACCGCUAAACAAAGACAACAACAAGAAGUUAGAUCAUUAUUGAAUAAAUUAUCUCCAGAUACUAUUUCUCUUGAUCCAAAUAUUAUUGGUACUGUUGAUAAACGUGCAUCAUCAAUUAGAUUAAAACCAGGACAAAUUGGAGAAGUUGUUGAAGCUAAUAAAUCAACCAAGAUGGAAAUUAAACCAGAAGUAAAGGGAAAGAAUUCGGCAUUAAGAAAGCAUUUAAGAAGAAAGAGACAGAAUGUUAUCGAUGAACGUAAAUUAAGAAUAGAAAAGAAUUUAAAGAUGGAAAAGGAAGCUAGACAAAGAAGACAACAAGAAUUGCAAGGAAUUCCACAACAAAAAGAUGUAUUAGGUGCUGCUUUAGAUAGAUUUAAGUAA